AUCAUUCACAUCUCCAUUUUCUUUCUCCUUGCAAAAAUAGCCUGAAUUUGGGUAAAAAUGCAGACUCAAACUGUUCCCAAUUCUGACGAGAAGAUGCUAGCAAAUUAUGUUCCCGUCUUCGUAAUGCUUCCGUUGGGUGUUAUUACCAACGACAAUGUUCUGGAAGACAAGGAAAAAAUUGAGAACCAGCUAAAGGAGCUGAGGGACGCCGGUGUGGAUGGUGUCAUGACGGAUGUGUGGUGGGGGAUUGUGGAAGGGAAGGGGCCGAUGCAGUAUGACUGGAGUGGUUACAGGAGCUUGUUUCAGCUGAUUCAAGAAUGUGGGUUGACGCUUCAAGCUAUAAUGUCGUUCCAUCAAUGUGGUGGGAAUGUGGGGGAUGUAGUUAACAUCCCACUUCCCAAGUGGGUGCUUGAAAUUGGAGAAUCAGACCCUGAUAUCUUUUACACCAAUCGGAGUGGAAACAGGAACAGAGAGUAUCUCACCAUUGGAGUGGAUAAUCUGCCUGUUUUCUACGGAAGAACUGCUGUUCAGGUAUAUAGUGAUUUUAUGAAGAGUUUCAGAGAGGAAAUGUCUGAUUUUCUGGAAGCAGGACUGUUGUUGGACAUUGAAGUUGGGCUUGGUCCUGCAGGGGAGCUUAGGUAUCCUUCUUAUCCACAAAGUCAAGGAUGGGUUUUCCCUGGGAUUGGAGAAUUUCAGUGCUAUGACAAGUACUUAAAGGCAGAAUUCAAACAAGCGGCAAAAGAUGCUAGUCAUCCUGAAUGGGAAUUGCCAGAUGAUGCAGGGGAGUACAAUGACACUCCAGAAUCAACUAAGUUCUUUAGAUCAAACGGGACGUACCUUACUGAUAGAGGCAAAAUUUUCUUGACUUGGUAUUCCAACAAGUUGCUAAUUCACGGUGAUGAGAUCCUUGAUGAAGCUAAUCAGAUUUUCUUAGGCUGUAAGCUCAAGUUAGCAACAAAAGUAGCUGGCAUACAUUGGUGGUAUAAAUCUGAUAGUCAUGCUGCAGAGCUCACAUCAGGGUUUUACAAUCUCAAUGAUAGAGACGGGUAUCGACCCAUUGCAAGGAUGCUGUCAAGGCAUCAUGCUAUUUUGAAUUUCACAUGUCUGGAGAUGAGGAACGCAGAACAAAAAGCUGCAGCCAAAUCCGAGCCUGAGGAACUUGUUCAACAGGUUUUGAGUGGAGGUUGGAGAGAGAACAUUGAAGUUGCAGGAGAGAAUGCAUUACCAAGAUAUGAUGCUGCAGCUUAUAACCAAAUUCUACUCAAUGCCCGACCUAAUGGUGUCAACAAAGAGGGACCUCCAAAACUGAGGAUGUAUGGGAUGACUUACCUUCGUUUAUCAGAUGGACUUUUGGAAGAAAAGAAUUUCAACUUAUUCAAGACAUUUGUGAAGAAAAUGCAUGCUGAUCAAGAAUAUUGUCCAGACCCCAAAAUGUACAAUCAUGAAAUAGGUCCACUUGAGGCGUCAGCGCCAAAGCUUUCCAUGGAAGAACUUCUGGAAGCAACGAAGCCAAUGGAGCCAUUCCCUUGGGAUAAAGAAACAGACAUGAGGGUUGAUGAUGGUGGUGGUUUUGUAUUUGCUAAUUUGAUAAAGAAGUUCUUUUCUAGGUUCAAGAAGUGAGAAGAUAUUGGUAUGAUGGAGGAAAUAAAAGUAGCUAACAUUGAUUCAAAUAAUGGAUGAAGUAGACUUGACAGUCGUGUUCCAAGCCAUUGCCUCCUGAAUGAAAGAAACUACAAAUUUUCUC